AUGCUGGUUGCCAUGGCAGUGCUUGAUCGACCACUAGAGAAGAGCAGUAAAGGUACCCUUCAAAGAAGCGUGGUCGAGGCCCGCUUCGCUCAAGACAUCGACAAGGCAUACACCAACAUGGGUUCCUUCAACGUCGGUGACGUGCCUGACGAGAAGGUUUCCCAUGUCAUCAUUGAGAUGAUAGAGUCCAUCGUCCCGAAGAAGGCGAAACUGGAAGAUAACACAGACCUGUUCUCUUAUGGCGUUGACUCGGUCGCCGGUAUGCAGAUAAGAUAUGGCCUUCGACAACUCCUCCCACAAUCCACCAAACAGUUGCCGCUCAACGUGGUAGAGGACUGCGGAACGGUCAAGAGAUUGACAGAGUAUGUCGUCAAGCAGCGUCAUGGUGAAGAGCUUACCGACGAAGAGGAUGAACGCACGCUCAUGCUCCAGCUCGUCGACCAGUAUUCCAACUUUGAUAACAGAAGCCCAUCGUCGUCCACAAACGGGCAGGGUCAGGGCGAAAACGACAAAGGAGAUGUUAUCGUCCUGACGGGUGCAACGGGAGCUCUAGGGGCUCAUCUCCUGAACUACUACCGUCAACUCGAUUCCGUCAAAAAGGUCUACUGCCUCGUCCGAGGAGCUGAAUUGCACGCUUCAAUUGAGCGGGUCGACAAGGCUCUCAAACAGCGCGGCCUCGGCGGCUUGGAAAAUGGUGACGAGAAGGUCGAAGUCCUUCAAACGUCACUAGGAGAUGAUCACCUGGGCCUCUCCAGUGGAGAUUACGAAAGGAUUGCACAAGAGGUUUCGAUUGUUAUGCACGUGGCAUGGAGUGUCAAUUUUCGCAUGCGUUUACGCAGCUUUGCAAAGGACAACAUUGCGAGUAAGUCAUGCCCCCAAUCCUACACAUGCAUGAGUGUGUGA